UUCACCACAAAAUCAUCAACAACACCAACACCAACAUCAUCAUCACCCUCUCCAUGCCAUGAGCGCAUCAACGUCCAGCCUCAGCGCUGGCCAAGGCCCUGUGACACGCGCGCGCGCCUCCCUCGGCCGCGACUCGCCAGUCACCCGCCAGAUGGACCCCGUUACCCGCGCAGACGUCGACCCCGUCACCCGCGCCCCCGCCCCAUCCUCCGCCCGCCUCCCCUCACCCUCCUUCGCGCCUGCGCCCGCCGGAAGGCGCCGCACCCCUUCGCCCCCAGGCCGCCCACCCAGCCCCAUGCCACGCCGGCCGGGAAGCGCCGCGCCUUUUCAUCCUCCGGCGGACACGAGCACGUACCGAGACCUCCUGCUGUUCGAGGAGCGGCUCAAGAUGAACGCUGAGAUGCUGCGGCGGCGGCGGAGACGAUAUCGGAUCUUCUUGUGGAGCUUCAUCGCCGUCCUCGUUCUCUGCGCAUACCACCUGCUAGCACGGAGACCAGACAACAUAAUCGCCUUGCGCGCGCUCCAAGUCGCCCUCGCCGUUGUAGGCAUAACCCUCACCCUCUUCUUCGCCUCAGGCAUGCACGACGACAAGAUCCGCUACGCGCACAGCUACAUCACACACAGCAACAAAGCGCUCCGUCCGCUGAACAUGUACUUGAACGUCCGCCGCCCCCCAACAACGUGGUACAGCCUUCUGUCGCACCUGCCCCUCCCUGCAAGUUUGAAGCCCUCGCCCGCGCCGCUGCGCGCGGCGCCCACCAAAGCUGCGGGGCCUAAGGGCCGGCGCGUCUCGCAUGGGCAGCAGGUGAUGGCGCAGAUCCCGCCCUCCUCCAACCCGCGCGGCGAGCUUAUCUUCUCGUCUCGCGUCGACCCCCACUUUGAGGAAGGAUACAAGAGGUACCGCGCGGCAUUCGAGCGGCGGCGCGAGGAGCGCGCGCGCGAAGAGGCCCGCCUCGCGGGUGCAUGGUGGGCGCGCUGGUACCGCCGCCGGCCCAAGGUAUCAACACCGCCGACCAGCCGGCGGGGCACGCCCGACCCGACUGCACGCAGCCCGCCGGCGAGCCCGCGUCGCGUGCCGGACCGGACGAGCCGCUCUCCCAGCCCGAGCAAGGAGAGUAGAGAGCGUGCCGAGAGCUACUCGUUUGUCAAUGUGCCGCCCGGCGAGGCUGUGAGUGCGAGUGCGCGGGCGCGCUAG